ACCUCAGCCUGCUCAAUGUCGAACAUUUAUUUUAAAUAUAGCAUCAUUGACACAUCUAACGCCUUGGAAGACUUGUCAUAGACCCACGGAGGGAACCCGUCGCCGUAAAGGCGAGUUAUUUACGAAGGAAGUAGCUUUAGCCCGCUAACAUACUUACAAGCGCACUUUCAACUCUCGUUAUCCAAAUAUCAAGGCUAACGUAAACAUCGGGAUCUAACUCACAAACGAGACGUGUUUUGUUUCUAGCGCUGAUAUAAAAGUGAAGGGCACUGAAGUCAUGGAGGAAACCAUCGGGGUCUGUGGUCUAGAAGCCAGAGGACUUGUUGAAGGGAGCAGUUCACCUCCGGAUGUUGAGACCCCAUCCCGGGAUAACGUGGAGGAUUUUGCGAGGCUGGUGAGCAGUGAGGAGGAGAGAGGGGAGACGCCAGGAAGGGAGGAUAGGAGCCCGGACCCCCUCGAUGGAGAGUCGGACCCUAAUGCUGAGAAAACCAAGGACCAAAAAGCAUUUGGCAAAGAGGUUUUGUUGCUGAUGCAGGCGCUUCAUACUUUAGCCACCCCAGAAGAAAAACUCGCUGCCCUUUGUAAGAAAUACGCAGACCUGCUGGAGGAGAGUCGCAGCAUGCAAAAGCAGGUGAAAGUGUUGCAGAAGAAGCAGAACCAGGUGCUUAAAGAGAAGAUCCACCUGCAGAGCGAGCACAGCAAGGCCGUCCUGGCACGCAGCAAACUGGAGAGUCUUUGCAGGGAACUUCAGCGCCAUAACAAGACCUUAAAGGAGGAGAAUGCUCAGAGGUCCAGGGAGUACGAAGAGCAGCGCAAGGAGGCGACGCUGCACUUCCAGAUGACACUCAACGAGAUUGAGGCCCAGAUGGAGCAGCACAACUCGCACAACAGCAAGCUGCGGCAGGAGAACGUGGAGCUGGCUGAGAAACUCAAGAAGCUCAUCGAGCAGUACGAGCUCCGGGAGGAGCACAUUGACAAGGUGUUCAGACACAAGGAACUGCAACAGCAGCUGGUGGACGCUAAACUCCAGAGGACGGCUGAGCUGAUGCGAGAGGUGGAGGAGAAACAGCAAAGAGAAAGAGAGUUUCUCCUGAAGGACGCGACUGAGUCCAGACAUAAAUGUGAGCUGAUGAAGGAGCAGGAGCAUCAGUUAAAGCAGCAGCUCACUCUGUACAUGGACAAGUUUGAGGAGUUUCAGACCACCCUCGCCAAGAGCAACGAGGUCUUCACCACUUUCAGACAGGAGAUGGAGAAAAUGACGAAGAAGAUCAAGAAGCUUGAGAAGGAGACCACGCUAUGGAGGACCAAAUGGGAGACCAACAACCAGACUCUACUGCAGAUGGCAGAAGAGAAAACAGUGCGAGACAAGAAUUACAAGGCCCUGCAAGUGAAACAGGAGCGUCUGGAGAAGCUUUGCAGGGCCCUCCAGAGAGAACGCAACGACCUGAACCUAAAUCUCCAGGCCCUUCAGGGCCCAGCGAAAGAUCCGGAGGAAGAAGGUACGGGGCCUCCUGACCCUCAGCCGCAGGGGCUUAACCCAGAGAUGGAGAGAGAGGUGGAGGGAGAGAUGGAGGGUUUGGGGCCUCAAACAGAGAAGCUUGGGCUUCAGCCUGAGGAAGAGAGCACCAUAUCAUCCACACAACUCACUGACGACUGAUCCUGGCCUUCUGCUGGCCUUUCUUUUCCUUUCUUUUUGUGGAGGUAUAUAUUUUUGUCUAACAAUUAUCAUAAAAAAACUUGAGGAAAAAGCAGGACAUUAGUGAAGACGCUAACUGCUCUAUACGCUUUGUGGAAAGCACUUUUUACUCCCUGUUUUCUAUCACAUUGUAUUUUCGUAGGAAAUGGUCAUGUGGUCCAAGACGGCCACCAUGCAGCUUUGUUUCGUACGUUUUUCUUUUUCCUUCCCCCUGUUUUCUGCUCAGCUGUGCUGUGCUUGCACGCUUUUUGUUCCUCUUGAAUAAAAUGUAGCUCUUCGCUCUGACCUCUAGAAUUUGAAUAAAUCAUUUUGGAUGCAUAUAAUGUAAAAUAUUGCCAUUUUAAAAUAGGCCAGUCCAGCUCUAGAUGACCAGAUAACCUUGAGACUUGAGAAACAGGGCAUUAAUAACGGGAGAUAACAAACACACUCAACUACUCAUCAGCACUUUUAGUCUGAGCCAAGACGGGUCCGUGACAAGUCACGCUUCUGUUGCUUUGAUUGAAAUGGACUUUAAAAGAAGAUAUAUGUCUUCUAAAUAGGAGAGGAGUCAAGACUCCUCACCACCUGGGACUGGUUUUCUAAUGGGAAUCUGAUUAAGGGCUAGUUUGACUUUGAAAAAGGCUGCUACAUCUCCAACAGUUAUGUGAAAUCCUAAGAACUUUCUAUGGGGAGGAUUUUUUUGUUGCAUGUCAGACGAAGAGAAAGCAUCUUAACCAGCAGGAAAAAAAAUAAAACUUUCAGUACUUAUAAAAUUCCACAUGCAUUUAUAUUUCAUUAAAAUUCACUUCUCAAGCCCCUUUAUUUAAGAGACAGGGUAGUUGUUUUUGUUGAAUCUGGGUUUCCAAGCCAGUCAACCGUCGGACUACAUAACUGAACCGAAAUCAUAUAAUUGACUGUCAUAAAAAAAAUUUUUUGAACAUAUUUCCUAAUUUACUAUAAACUCUCCUUAAUAUUUUUGAAUAAGGAGGACAUAAAGUUUGCUAUUAGGGUGAGAUGGCCUUCGUUUGAUUUGCUUUAUUGCCUUGAUGCUGCUGGUAAUUAGUCCUGAAGGGAUUUUUAUUUCUUUAAAUGGUAUUUCACCCAAAUAAAUCAUAAUUUACUCAUUCUCAUGUCAGUCCAAACCUGUAUGUCUUUUUCCUUCUGUGGAGCACAAAAGAUAUCUCAUAGUUUUUGUCUGUGUGAAAGCUAGUGGGGUUCAAAACAACAUUGGACCCCAUUGACUUUCAUAGUAUGGACAAAUAUUUUUUUAAAUACCUUCUUUUGUUAUACAGGUUUGGAGCAACAUAAACCUGAGUAAAUUACAGAAUUUUAUUUUUUUGAGGUAAACUAUUCCUUUAAAAGUAAAAAAGGUUCUUUUUUUGUUUUUGUAGAGGUUGCAUUAUUUUUGCUCUUUAACUGGACACACAACUGACACAAAAAUUCAAAGGGGCCUUGAUAUAUUUGAUACUGGAUAUGCUGAAUGUGAUUUCUCUUUCUUUUUUUUUUGGACUUUGUAAUGAACAAGAAUAAAAUGUCUGUAAUUCAGUGCUAAAAUGUUCUGAAGAGCUGCAAACAUUCUCAAUACUGCUAAUGUGAAACUAUGUCAAGAACUGAACUGAUGAAUGUAGAAGCUGCCAAAUCCAUGUCUAACGGCCAACGGCCUCAAAGCCCUUAAGAUCUGGUCGUUAUCAGACUGCGGGGACACAGGGUCUAGAAACGCUCGCCUCCUCAGGUCCAUGACAACAUCUGGCUCUGUUCAUGUCCUGAUCUGAACCUCUGACGCUGGCCAGUACAUUCCUCAAUGCUGAAUCCAACGUAACACAUCCAAGGUUUUCAUUUAACACGCACUGAACAUGAUCGUCUACUUUGAUUCGUUUUACUAACAUUAAUCACGUUUUGUAAGGACAAGUGCAGAAGGACAUGGUUUUGUUAUUCAUCAGAAACAUGGGCCGAAUGUGUUUAAAUUUGCCAAACUGUAAAACUCAACAGAAUGGAAAUGUAGAUCUUCACCAGCUUUUUUUUUUUUUUCUUUUUUUGUUUCAAAAUUUUUAUUUUUUUUUCUUCCAAAUUUUGGAUAACAAUGUUGAUGUUUAUAACAUCUCAGCACUUGAUUUCCUCGUAACAGUUUCACCUCACUGUCAAAUAUUUUAUCUUGUCUGCAGAAGUGCGCACUCAUUUUGAUAAAUACAUCUGUGAUUGGGGUCAUGUUCAUUCUAAAUUUGUUGGUACUGUCAUUUGUAUCGCCACUGCUUUUUUGGCAAUGCCCUGGUUUGAUUCUCAGGUUAUGCAAGAAAUCUACCUCUUCAGGUAAGACGUACUGUGAAAGAUGCUCAAGAGAGCUUUUCUUUCUCCCCUAGCUCAGCCCAUGACCCCUCUGAGAUUGUACAACGCUCUUGUAGUUCUGUCUUGCUUUUCAAUAAAAACAUUUUGUAGAAUUUUC